GAAGACGGCAGCCACAAACAAACAGCUGAUUUCAUAUGUAUACAUAUAAACAACAGUUUGGCAUUCGGCAUAUGUAAUUGAUAGAGUUAAGUUGUUUACAUUUAAAAUGAACAGCCCAGAAAAUAUAGUUAAUUUGGUGACAACGAUUGCUAAAAUUGCAAAUAUAGUAAAUACGGCUAAUGAGUUGUACAAAAAGCUACAGGAAAGCAACAGAGGGUUGAACAAGGAGCUACAUGAAAGCAACGAUAGCAGGAGUGUGAGCCCGGUUAACUCGAACCAAGCUGAAGCUUUCUUUGAAACCGAUGUUAAACAGCCAAAAGAAUACGAUGAGCAUUUUUUUAAAGCUACUCCUUUGAAUGGUACUAGUUUCAGUUUAUUAUUAUCAAGAUUAAGAAAACGAAUGAUGCGAUGGCCCAGAAACAGGAAGGCAGUUGCGCCCGAACAGCGUUUGGCAAUAACAUUAAUGUUUUUGACAGAAGGAUGUCAUUUUCGUGUGAUUUCACAGGCAUACAAUCUUGGACUUACAACAAUACGAAAGCUCAUAUAUGAAACAUUGGACGCUAUUUGGGAAGAAUUACAUUAUGACUAUUUGUCACCUCCAAACGUGAGCGAACUUAAAGACAUUGCAGAAAAGUUUUAUGUAAAGACUGGCAUGCCGAAUUGCAUGGGAGCUAUUAAUGCAAAGCACAUUCAUAUAACAAGGCCAAAAGACGGCGGAUCUGUGUACUACAAUUUCAGAAAAAGUUUUAGCAUUGCCGUAGUGGCAAUAUGUGAUGCUGAUUACGUGUUCAGACAUGUAGACGUCGGUGCGGAAGGAAGCCGUAGUGAUGGUGGAAUACUUGCGCGCAGUGCCUUUGGCAGAAAACUCCUAGAUGGCACUCUAGAAGUUCCACAAGACACAAACUUACCGGGUACAUCGACUCGCUUUCCGUAUUAUUACGUCGGGGACAAUACGUAUCCACUGAAACCAAAUUUAAUGCGACCAUUUCCCGGCCGCAAGCUAUCGGAAGAUAAAGAUAAAUAUAAUAGAGCAUUAAAUAAAGCGCGAGAGCACAUAGAAAACGCUUUCGGAAUUUUGGCCACUCGCUGGAGAGUGCUGCAGACUACAAUACAUGCUAGCCCAGAAAAUACAGAGAAAAUUGUUUUAGCUACGAUAAUAAUUCAUAACUUUUUAAUGUUACAAAAUGACACGGACUACUUCACACUUGAACUUGUUGACCACACAGUGGACAAUGAAGAGAUAGACGGCCGAUGGCGAGAAAAUGCAAAUUUCCUUAAAACAUUUCAACUAGGAUUUUCUAAUCGCUCAUCGACACAAUCAUUUGAGUUACGCGAAAAACUAAAAGAAUUUAUUUCAAGUAAUACUGUGUAAUAUUAAUACUUUUCAUAUAAUAUUAUAUUUGUCAUUAAAGCUUGAAGCUUGUUUUACUUUACAAAAAA